GUUGAUAACUGUCAAUGACUUGACACAUCAUCGUUAAACAAAAUACAAAAUCUGGGAAGAGGCGAAAAAAAACCUAAUUAAAUAUAUUUUGCACGGUGUUUUUCUUCACAUUGAGUUCUGAUAAAUAAUCAAAGAGUUUCGAUUGGGUUUUUUUCCUGCAAAAACCGUGACUAAGUACAAUUGACCAAGCUGGAUCGGAAUCAAAUGCGUCGUGCACAAGGGUACAGUUAUCAGCCGCUUUCCCAAGCACCGGAUCGGCCAUCAACAUCAGCCGGCGGCAAUGAUCUAAUCGAAGAGGAAAAUCAGCGAUUGACUGAUGAGCUACAAGGUAAAAUCGGCGCACUGAAAUCAUUGACAAUCGAUAUAGGACAUGAGGUUCGCUAUCAAGACAAACUGUUGCGAGGCAUCGACGAUGACAUGGAACGAACUGGCGGAUUUCUUACAAAUACAAUGAAUCGUGUGGUGCGGCUGGGACGAAACGGCCACCACAAAUACAUGUUUUACAUAUUUCUGUUUGCCCUAUUCGUAUUCUUGCUGUUGUACUUUGUGAUUAAACUCAGAUAAUAAGCGUAGCGUAGAAGCAUUUUUUUUUGUAUAUACGUAUAGAAAAAUUGUGUUUAAUUUUGUUAACGGAAAACCGAUUUGGGCUCAUGUUAUUCCAUAUUUUACAUUAAUAAAGAGAAGGGACUAUCGUGUAUUUGAAAAAUCUUUGUUCGCGGUCGAUUUAAUCUGAAACGAAAUAUGUUUUUUGUAUUGUAGCCAAUAACAAUUGCAAUUGUGCAAACACACACAUGUAUUGAAUUACUUACUCAUUUACACAAAUAAUCACCUUUUCAAUUAAGAGGUCACCCAAACCGUUUCUCCUUCAAAAUCAAUCGAAUGUGCCAAUUGAUGCAUGGUCGUUGUAAUAAAACAAUUCCAGAAAUUCUUGUAUUGUGGUUGAAUAAACAUCAAAUUUAUUUAAAUUUUCUAAAGCGAUCUAAAGUGAA